AUGCUUCCAAUUCUCCUCAUCUCCUUCUUCCUUCCAGAUGCAUGCUGGGCAUAUGCAGUGGUGGCAAGUGUGGAAGCCGCAUACGGCAUCGCAAAGUGGGGCGCCGCUCCCCAGCUAUCAGUGGAGGCUCUCUUCGCCCUCAUGGGCCUCUCCGACUCCGACAAGUGCUCUGCUGGCGGCUCCCCCACUGAAGCCUUUGAGAAGCUCGUGGCUCUUGAUGCCACCAGUGGGCUCACAGGGGACAGUGACCCGGCAACAACAUACCCGGUGCAGGCGUUUGAGCGAGCGCAGUUCAAGGGGUAUGUGGGGCUCAUGCUGGCAGUGCAGCGGCAGCCAGUGGUGGUUCACAUCGAGGCGUCUGCUCCCUCAUUCAAGACAUACGGUGGGAAAAUCAAGUACCAGGAUCCCGGUUGCUACACUGGAAGUCUCAACCACGUUGUACUCGUUAUUGGCUACUUCAUUAGAGGAGACGACGGCAGCCAGAACCGCAUUGCUCCUCCGUUUUGGAUCAUCCGUAACUCAUGGGGAGAGGAGUGGGGCAGCAAGGGUCACAUGCGCAUGGACAUUCAGGGAGGGAAUGGCGUGUGUGGCAUCAACGUGCUGCCUGGCAUCUACCCCAUUGUCAAAAUGGACGUGUGUGGGUCAUACUUCAAGAACCCCUGUUACGUGGGAGCAUGCAUCAACGAUGGCAAGGGCGCCUACUCCUGCAUCUGCCCUCCCAAUCACGUUCUUAGCACAACCGUUGACGGCUUCCCCACCUGCGAUCCAGCCAACACCACGGCCACCACAAUGACAGUCAGCGGCGACAACUGGUGGUGCUCGGAUGUUCAUCCCCUUAUUGGCCUCACUCUGAGUCGAUUCACUUCUCCGAAUGCAGGCAUUGACUGCAGCCAGCCAUUACCCAAGGGCAGUGUUCUUCAGCUGGAUGGUACUCCUGCCACACCCUGCACUGCCUUCUUCUAUACCCUCAAUGGAGACUCCUGUGAAUCCAUCAGCACACAGGUAAAUCUACCUCUCACCAACCUCACCGCACUCAACCCCGGCCUUGACUGCUCCAAGCCCAUCAAAGCCGGCCAGUCCGUGUGCAUCGAGCGCAGUGCUGCCUUCGCUUUCACCGUUCCCGAGUGCGUGAAAUACGGCACGCUCACUCCUCAAGACACGUGCGACCGGCUGGUCCAAAAGAGCAACACAGCCUCACAAGAAGGGGAUUCAAGUGCGAAUCCUUGGCAAGAUCUCUACCGCAAUAAUCCUGGGCUUACCUGUUCUGCUACCAUCCCUUCGUCUGUGUCUGCUGUUGGCAGCAAGAUUGGUGUCCAGGUGUGUCUCAGGGCAGAGUACUGGUCGUUUCAAAUGGGUGUGUGCAAGAAGGGCAGGGUCAAGCCACGUUUCUUUCCCGUGUCCAUCCCGCCUCUCCCCAUCCCAAUUACCACUACCACCACCACCCCUCUCACCAGGGUGCAAUUCUCGGAGCUGAUUCAGAAGAACAUUCACCUGUACGCCUUCCGCAACAGCAUCUCGCUCUCCACCUCCGCUGCUGCCAACUUCACUCGCCUCGAGCUCGCCACUGCUCUGCGCUCACGGGGUUCAUACCAAACCAACAUGCUGAUGGCGGGAUUCGAUGAGGGAGUGGGACCAUCUCUCUACUACCUUGACUACCUCGCCACGCUGCACAAAGUGAAGCACACUGCCAUCGGCUACUGCGCCUACUUUGUGCUCUCCAUCUUUGACAAGUACUACAAGGACAACAUGUCCCUGGACGAGGCGCUAGAGGUGGUGGACCGCUGCAUUGCAGAGGUGCGCCUGCGCCUGCUCGUCUCCCCGCCCAACUUCCUCGUCAAGAUUGUCGACAAGGACGGAGCCAGGGAGCUGCUGUGGAGGAGAACGGUGCCCCCGCCUCCUGGGCCUGAGACGGCUGCAGCUGCGGGUGGUAGUACUGCUGCUGGGGGUGCUUCGACAAUUUUGUGUCCUUUCAAGUGGGAGUGGGUGGGGGCUGUGCAAGUUAGAUACAUCUGGAAGUACCCUUCUCCCCCUCUCCCCUUCUCUCUCGCCCUCCCUCCCUCCCUCCCCUCCUCCCUCUCUCCCCUCCUCCCUCCCUCCCUCCCUCCCUCCCUCCCUCCCUCCCUCCCUCCCUCCCUCCCUCCCUCCCCUCCUCCCUCCCUCCCUCUCCCUCCCGUCUUCACUCUCCUUACGCUGUCUCACUCCCACUCUUCCUGUGUGCAUGUGAAUGAGCAGACAGGGGACAUCAUUCGUAAGCGGAUCAAGCAAAUUAAGAUGGUAAGCAUGCACGCUGCUCCCUCCCCUCCGCUCACUCCCCCUCCCCUCUGCACACUCUCCCUCCCCUCUGCACACUCUCCCUCCCCUCUGCACACUCUCCCUCCCCUCCGCUCACUCCCCCUCCCCUCUGCACACUCUCCCUCCCCUCUGCGCAAUCUCCCUCCCCUCCGCACACCCCCCCUCCCCUCUCCACACUCUCCCUCCCCUCUGCGCAAUCUCCCUCCCCUCCGCACACCCCCCCUCCCCUCUCCACACUCUCCCUCCCCUCCGCUCACUCCCCCUCCCCUCUGCACACUCUCCCUCCCCUCUCCACACUCUCCCUCCCCUCUGCACACUCUCCCUCCCCUUUCCACACUCUCCCUCCCCUCCGCUCACUCCCCCUCCCCUCUGCACACUCUCCCUCCCCUCUCCACACUCUCCCUCCCCUCUGCGCACUCUCCCUCCCCUCCGCACACUCCCCCUCCCCUCUGCACACUCUCCCUCCCCUCUCCACACUCUCCCUGCCCUCUGCGCACUCUCCCUCCCCUCCGCACACUCCCCCUCCCCUCUGCACACUCUCCCUCCCCUCUGCAACCUCCUCACUCCCCUCCGCAUGCCCUCCAGCUUCUGCUGUCUUCGCUUGCCCUUAAUUGCCAUUCGAUGUCAUUUGAUGCUAUUCGAUGCUAUUCGAUGCUUUUCCUCCUCGCUUUGCCGAAUCGUCCUGUGGGGAGUGGAGAGGGGGAGUGGCGGAGUGAUGGAGGGUGGAAUGGGCUUUGGAAGGAGGGGAUGGUGGAGGUGGAGCGUAAGGAGUAUGCAUGUGACUUGGUGACAGAAGUGGACAAGGAGUGCGAGCAAUACAUCACAAGCAUUGUCAAUGCCACGUUCCCGCUGCAUCGCAUCAUAGGCGAGGAGACAGCUAGAGAGGAGGACAUGGCGUGGCUGGAGCAAGGAGCCAACCCUGCUGCUGCUCCCGGUGGCGAUGGCAGUGCCGCUGCUGCUGCUAUGAACGAGUGGGUGUGGAUCGUCGACCCUAUCGACGGCACACUCAACUUUGUGGGGGAGAUCCCUAUGUGCGCCGUGUCGCUGGGUGUGGCCCGGCAGGGCCGCCUGGAGGUGGGAGUGGUGUACAACCCCUUUAAUAACGAGCUCUUCAGCUGCCGCCGAGGGGAAGGUGCAUAUUUGAAUGGCAACCGCAUUGCUAUUCCAAACGAGCCAACAGAAAUUGGUGAUGCUGCCGUUGCUGUGGGCUUCCCAUCCAGUCCAGAGCAUCGGCAGCGAAUGAUAGAGGCAGUGGCAGCAGUGGCACCACACGCCAGGACCAUGAGGGCCUUUGGAUCCGCGGCUCUGCAUAUGAGCUACGUGGCAGCAGGGCGCCUCGGUGCUUUCUUUGAGGAAGGGCUUAAG